CGAAAACAUGAAAAAGGUUAAAAAGAGAUAAACCUUUGUAAUAAAUAUUAUUAAAAUGAGAACGUGUUCAGUGUUUUUAGCCUUAAUAUGUCUAUUUCUAGUCAUCUACUUUACGGAAAGUAUUCAUAGAAAUUUAAAAUACUACGAAACGCUUGAUAUUUCCAAACUGGAACAUAAAAUAGUGAAAAGAGGAACUCAGCAUAGUAAUCACCCGUACAAUAAAAUAAGUGAACUUGAAUUUUAUACUCAUGGAAGGCAUUUUCGAUUGAUUUUAACACCUCGAAGGGAAGUUAUUCAUUCUAAUUUUAAGGCAUAUGAAGUCGAUGGUGACGGUCAAGAAAAAAGUGUUCAUUUAGGACCACAAGAAAGCUGGAAAACAGGCUUGGGAUUAAAGCAUUUACCGCCAAAGGAAGAUGGUUACGUGUACUUUAACGGACAUCAUCUACGGGUACCCCCUGGUGGAAACAUUUAUCGAAUGCAAAAUAGAGCUUAUAUUCCUGACGGUAAUUAG